AGCGUUCCUAGUCCUGCUGUUACAUCCGAUGCCCAUCCGUUUUUGUAUGAUGUCGAAUACGAAGGAGUUAUUUAUUUUCCUUCCAUUUAUAGCCUCAAUUUGGCUGGGCACCUGUUUUACUGUCUUGUUUUGUCGGGUUCGGGAGGCGUUACGUUGGAUGGGUUAAAUAGUAGGGUCGGCCGCAAACGUUGCGGAACCGUGUGGCCGGCUGGAGGACCACCGGUUACCAUAGCAACCGGCAACAUCAACACCGCAGUUCGCGAGAACAACAGUUGUAAGGUCUUGGGAGGCUCAUUCACCCAACCGAUAUGGCGUUCAAGGACGUUCGAGAUCUAGCGGAGCAGCUGAAGCUGCUAGGCUAUCCGAACCACAUCCCCCUGUCCGUGCUCACCACACCGUACGGAGGGCCGGAAAGCUUCAAGGCGUACUCCGACAUUCUGCAGUGGCUGAUCAACCGGCUCGAGCCGAAUCUCGUGCUGGCGGGCGGAACACGGUCCGAGCAGGAGCGGGUACUGUUCGUACGGUCGGCCACCGAGUUUCUGGUGACCAAGUCGAGCAUCAAGAUGAAUCCCCGCCGGCUGUAUGCCAGCUCGAUGGCAGCGGCCCAGGAGCUGCUGAAGGUGACCUCGUUGCUUAUCGCAUCGCCCAAGAUCACGCGCCACGAGGAGGAAUCGAUCAAAUCGCACCUGGAGAUCGAUUUCUCCGACAAAAUGAACGACCUGAAAACGGUACGUGGACUGUCGUCGGAGCUGACGAACAAGGGUGCGGUGCUGUACGAUCUGUUGAAGAGGGAGCUGGUCAACCGGGAGAUACGCAACGCGCAGUCAACGCGACCGAUCGAGCUCGCGACGGCCGAAAAGGUGAUCAAGGCCGCUAUCGCGGCCGUGCAGUCGAAGCUAGGCGGUUCCAGCACGGCCCUGGAAAGCCUGCGGAACGAGAACGCGAAUCUGGAGUCGAAGAUGCGCCGCAAGGCGUCCGAGCUGGAACGGUCGCGGCAGCGACUGCAGGCGCUACAGAAAGUGCGACCCGCGUACCUGGAGGAGUUCGAGAAGCUGGAGCAGGAACUUAAGGGGUUGUACGAGCAGUACAUCAUUCGGAUCAAGUGCGUGGACACGCUACGGGCGCAGAUAAUCAGCAAGAACCGCACGCCCACACCUACAUCGCCGAUCGCCCGCCUCACCGACAGUAGUAUGGCGAUUUUACCCGAGGGCCUGGUUGAGUCGGAUGACGGGAACGAGGAGGAGGAGGAGGAGGAUGAUUUCGAUGAGCGGGACGAGGUGAAGUUGAAGACGGAUCGGCGAGUGCUGCGUAGCGAGCUGUUAAAUCGGGACCGCGGUUCGACCCGGUUCCGGACCCGUGUUAGCGGUGACUCAGCCGGCGACAAGGACCGUGGCAAGAUGAUUGGCAGCAUCGAGGACGAGCUAGGGCCGCUGGAUAGCUCCAUGAGCUCGGGCGAGUCAGAAAGUGAUUUGGAAAUGGGCGAGAAUGGACUCUUGGACGGUAGCUUACGAACGGAUGACGACGAGGACGAAAGCCUCGCCAAAAUGCCCAGGGAGAGCUCGACGAUCACCAGAAGCGUGAAGCAGGAUUUGAGCGAUGAAGACUUUUAAUGCACGUCCAAACUGUUCCGCUUGGUUCCCUUCUAUUCGUUUCGUGCACGCGCUCCCUAUCGUAAAAUAACAUUUUAUA